AUCCUCCAGAUUGCAACACACCGGAAGAACCAUUGUUGACAUAUUCCAUGCACGUGGAAACUGUCCACAUGAGCGAUAAGAGCAAUUUCCUGAGUUAGCCUUUAUACUUUUGGUGGAAAUGGACGCCGAAUUAACACGUGGCUACAGCGUGCCUUGUGAACGGUGCUCCGCGGUGGACUGGGGUGUGUCCGAUUCUGGGCAGUUCUACUGCAGGUCUUGCCACAAUAUAAUUGAGAGAGUGAGAGAAUUUGAGGAGACUGAGGUGUUGUCCACUAGCAGUCGCGUGACUACCCUCUCGCGAAGUUCUUUAAAAAAGAAUGAAAAAGUGCUUGGGAAAGAAUGGAUGGUCAUUGAGGGCUUUCAGUUCAUCCUCACACACCAAGCUGAUGCUUUGCUGUCUUUAGGAGUCUGUUCACAGUUUAAGGAUGAUGUUUUGUGGAAUUUUUGGCGGAGGUACCUCCAGAAAACCCAACAAGCAUUUACACAAAACCCAAUUAACCUUGGGAGAGUAUCUGCAGACGUGGACUCGGACUCUGCUCUGGAGUCAGUGGCUCUGACUGAUGUGUCCAUGCAGAGUGGGCCCAGCCCGGGCCCGGAGAGUGAGCUGGACCUUGGAGCGAGCGCUGGCCACUCUAGUGACGGCGGGGCCUCGAGCGUGUGGAGUGGUUCAAUGGAUACCAGUGGCUACCUCAACCCUCGCUUCAAGAGGCGCCACCACCUGAUGACCAUGCCCAAGACCCUCGCCCUGUGUUACCUGGCACUGCUGUGGGUUCGAGAGGGCAUUACACUGGCCGAUCUGCUGAGAUUUGUAUUUGAAAGGCAUAUUCCAUACCUUCACAUCCACGAUGUGUUUCCUGAAGAGAUUACGCUGUUUGGCAGAGAUGCUCACAUCUUCAGAGUGGAGUCCAUCCCCUCGUACCGGCGAGUGCAGGAGGAGGCGAUGAAGCUGGCCAGAGUGAUGGAGCUCCCUACCUUCCCCCCCAUUAGUGAGGAGUGCCUGCUGCACCCGGCCCUGCUCAGCCUGCGCUAUCUCACCGAGGCCAACCUCCCUGAUGAGCUGCACCACUGGGUGUGUAAGGUGAUGGCGCAAUCAGGCCUGGCUGAGGAGAGUGUGUUGACAUUUGACCAUGCUAGCAAGGCCCAGAGGAAUUCGCCGAUCGGCUACGACCUGCAGGCCUGCGCUCUCAUCAUUGUCUCCAUGAAGCUGCUCUUCAGGCUCAACGAUCACGAGGAAUGGAUAUUUUCUGAACAAGCCGAAGACCAUAAUUUUGCUGACAUGGAGAGUCCAGGGUUGUUUAGCCUGACGUGGUGGUACGAGGCAAUGCUGAGGGCCCUGGACAAAGCUAAGAAGAGAGAAGAGCAGCACACAGCAAGUCAGAUUUGGAAGUCUUCCAAAGCCUUGGUUUUCCGCAAGAAAGACAGAACUGUGUCUCUGAAGAGAAGACGGGUGGUAGAACAUCUGCAGAACACCUUCCGGAAGCUUUCAGGACCCUCCCCAGACCCGCCAAGGUCCAAACCCUCCAGUUUCAUCUUCCGCUGGGGGGAAGGGGAGGAUUCAGAUGGCCCCAGCUUCCAUCAGACCAAACUGGACCAUGUCAUGAAAACAAAAUGUGAUGCCCAUGUCACUGCCAAUGAGAAAUACUGGCAUCCAGUUCUGCGGCAGUGCAGUAAAAGGGUUUGCAAGGACCACUACGCCGAGGUGGAGGCCACCCUGCCCAGGAUGUACGUGUGGCUGCUGGGCCUCUUCUCCUUCCUGCUCAGGGUGAAGCCGUCCGCCAUGCAUGAGGAGGUGCUCAAGGUGGAGCGCAGAUUUGUAAAGUGCUGGCGGAGGAAUCGACAGUAGCAAGCGAGUAGGAGAGACAAAUGGAUGCCAAAACAAAGUGGAGAGAAGGAAAGGGUGUCUAGUUGAAAUGGAACAAUGUGCAGGGACUAGACACCUUGUUUUAGCAUGGCAACUUCAUUGACUGCUUUUCAACUGGUUUGGAUCGUGUUCAUUUCUAAUGCUGCUGGAAUCAAUAGGCCUAAUAUGUUUUAGAUUUUACUGAAGGCAAUACCACAUAAAUUGCCCCCUUUAAACCCUGAGGGACUUUCCUCCCUUGCAUUGACGUUUUAAUACAAUUUCAGCAUUUAUCACAACAUUUUUCUACCAUAUAUGAAGCCAUUACACAGUUGGCAAAUAGAGGAAGAAAUCACAAACAAGUUAAAUAAAUCAGUGGAAAUAAUAUCAAA